AUGUCAAUUAAUUUGCUAAAUGGACUAGCAAAUCAGUCUGUGGAUCUAGUUUUAGAGGAUCUAUUGGUUAGAUUUGUUGUUAAUGUUCCAGCUGAAGAUCUAUCAUCAAUAGAGAGGGUGUUUUUUCAAGUGGAGGAAGCUCAAUGGUUUUACACAGAUUUUAUACGGACAUUGAAUCCAGCAUUGCCAGCCAUGAAGAUGAAAAUAUUUGCGCCAAAGAUUUUAGAGAAAUGCCCAUUGAUUUGGAAAUGGGGUAAUCCUCAGGAUGCAAUUGCAAGAUUUGGAAAGUAUAAGUCUACGAUUCCUGUGAGAGGAGUUGCAUUUUUUAAUAAGUAUCUCACGAAAGUGCUUUUGGUGAAGGGAAUUGAGUCCAAUACUUGGUCUUUUCCCAGGGAAGCUAAAGAAGAAACUGGGUUUGAUGCCAGUGACUACGUCAACCAAAAUGAUGUCAUUGAGAGAACAAUCAAAGGAAAAAGUUACAAGAUUUAUUUAGCUAAAAAUGUACCGGAAGACUUUGAUUUUCAACCUUUAGCCAGAAAUGAAAUAUCGAAGAUUCAAUGGCAUGACAUAAAAACAAUUCAAAAGAAAGUGAGACAAAACCCAAAUCAUUAUUUUGUGGUGGCUACCGUUCUCAAGCCCUUGAUUAAGUGGAUCAACAAGAACAAAGGUAUUUUAUCUGAAGAGGAGCUCAUGCUAGAUGCAGAAAGGAAAUUGAAAGACUUAUUGGGUAUUAAUAAACAGAGGCACGAGAGCAAGGAUGCUGGCAGGGAGAUAUUAGAUAUUUUACAAGGUGCAAUACCCAAUAGCCAUGAUUCGACAUCCGCUUCAUCAGGACCGGCAUCUCAAGGCUUUAUCCAAAUGAAUAUCCCUCAGCAUGUGCAUAAUCAAAUUCCUCAGUUUUAUAAUCCACCUUUAUCUGGGGGCGGUGGUUUUGGUAACUUUUCCAUUCUUCCUGGAAAUCAAUUUCACCCUCCAUUUCAUCCAGUACACCCAGGUCCAAUUCCUCUUACAAGCUCUCAGAAUGGUUUGCGAGACAUACAUAAUGUCGAUCAACAACCCAACCCAGAGAGUUUAAAGAAACCUUCUUCUGAGUUCAAUAAAAGAUCCAGCGAAACAAAUUCUAAAGAGAUUUUAUCUAUAUUGAAUAGAAAGCCUUUGAAAAAUGCUUCACAAAAUAGUCCAACAAUAUCGAGCUCAGCUGAGGCAGCAAAAAACCGCUCAAAGGCCCAAACGCUUCUCGACUUAUUUGGUAAAAAACAGGAACCAACGAUCUUGAAAGAGGACUUAAAUAGUGCCUAUGGAGCUUCACAUCAACCCUCAAAUGAACUUGAAGGAUCUAUAAAACUGUCUGGAAAUGGAUAUGAUAAAGGAAAGAAGGUGACUCUUCUUAAGAAGCCAGAACAUGGGGAUAAUGGAGUUUUAGAGCUACAAGGUGAAAGGAAACCAGCGGCACUGUUCCUACAACUAAUCAAUGAAGAUAAGAAGGACAAGCUGCGUGCUGCCUCGUCGAAUGAUUUAUUAAGCAUCUUGAAUCAAGAGCCAAAAUCAGAGAGCAAGGUUGAUGUCCCAGUACCCUUAAACAAUUCAGUGGAAGCUGAAAGUUUUGGUGAUUACAGCAAUGAAAAUUUUGAUGACUUUGAUGACUUUGAGCUUUUCGAAGACCCUCAUGAGCUGUAUGAAAAUUUUGGCGUAAACACCAGAAACACAUUUCGUAAUUUUGAUGUUGAUAGCGACGAUGAUUUGGAUCAUAUCAGCGCUGAGCCUCAUACAGUAUCCAAACCUGAAAACAAUCAUCAUAAGGACGCAGAUAUAAAUACAACAGUUGACUCUCGUGAAGAGCCAAAAAAAACAAAGCUUAGAAUUUUAAAGCCGGGUGAAUCACUUGAUAAUUUAUUUCGUAUUGAAAAAGAUAAGAAGCCUGAACAGGUAUCAACUCAGCAGUCUGCAGGGCAGUCUCUUUUACAAUUAUUAAAUGGUGGAAAAGCCUUAAACUCAGAGCCUGAAGAUGAUAAAACGAGUGCUGGAGAAUCCAUAUCUUCCGUUUCUCGUGAGAAUGAGCCUCGUCAACAUGCAACUUCAGCAGCUGCAAAUCUUUUAAGCUUACUAGGCAAUGGUAAUGGUAAAUCUAACAAAAACAUUCGGCCACAGGACAAUGAGGAAACAAGAUCACCCAUCAUUAAAAGAGAAAAUACUACGAAUACAGCAGUAGGAGGUCUGAGUGGAAUGCAUUCCGCUGCCCAGGAUUUGUUGAGUGUUCUCAAAGGUGGAGCCACUCGAGGUCUCUCUUCGAACUAA